AUGCAGGAGUACACAUUGGCAGAUGUUGCUGCGCAUAGUAAAAGAGAAGAUCUGUGGAUUGUGAUCCACGGAAAAGUCUAUGAUGUCUCGAAAUAUGUGCCGGAUCAUCCCGGCGGAGUUGACGUCCUGAUUGAAGUCGCCGGCACAGAUGCAACUGCUGCAUAUAAUGAGGCCGGACAUUCAGAAGAUGCAGAUGAGGUCUUGGAAACCUUGCAGAUUGGUACUAUUCAGGGUUAUGUCCAAACCGGCAAACCUGCCAAAACUGUUCGGCUGGUCCAGAAGCCUGUCGAGGAAACAAAAUCUACCAAAAGUUCAUCCUCCGCCAUCGGCAUACUUACAAUGGCAGCUAUUCCUCUAGCAGGCGGUCUUGGUCUUUCUCUGCUUACCUCGGAUAAACGCCUCAAUAUUCCUGCUGCAUUGACCAACCUUUCUCAUCUCCCUCAGCUAUCAUCACACUGGCUGCAGGCCGUUCAUCUGCCGCAAGGAGGAUUUGCAAACGGAUUCAUUGCCGCUUCCCUCUUUUGCGCCACUGUUGGAGGUGUUAUUGGGUCUCAAUUGUCCAAGUUCACUGAGAUUGAGUCGGGCUUCACCAAGUAUCCCCCGCACAUCAAGAGCAAGAACAGGAUAAAGCCCAACCCAAACCUGGCCAGAGGCUGGUUGGAGCCCAAGUCAUACAAAGACCUUCCUCUUAUUAGAAAAGACGUACUAUCUCCAAACGUCUUUCUUUUUGUCUUCCAACUUCCAAAACCAAGCGAUGUCAUUGGCAUUCCUAUCGGCCAGCACGUUGCUAUUAAAGCGGCCAUUGAUGGAGCAGAUGUCUCGAGGUCAUAUACUCCAGUUUCAAAUAACACCGACCUAGGCAAAUUGGAGUUGGUCAUCAAGUGCUACCCAGAUGGCCAGCUUACCGGAAAAUACCUUGCAAACCUCAAAGUUGGCGACAAAGUCCUCUUCCGCGGCCCAAAGGGCCCAAUGAGAUACAGAAAGGGCCUGUGCAAGAAGAUAGGAAUGAUUGCUGGAGGAACUGGAAUCACGCCCAUGUAUCAGCUCAUCCGCGCAAUCUGUGAAGACGAUACAGAUACAACCGAGAUUAGCUUGAUCUACGCCAACCGCACUGAAGAUGAUAUUCUUCUUCGAAAAGAGCUGGACACCUUUGCCAAGAACUAUCCAAAGAACCUCAAGAUCUGGUACAUGCUAGACCAGCCUCCACAGAAGUGGCCCUACGGCAAAGGAUUCGUCACACAAACUGUCAUGUCUUCUAAGCUACCCAAAGCAUCUCCUGACACCAAGGUCAUGCUGUGCGGGCCUCCUGGCAUGGUGAAUGCUUCCCAGAAAGCGUUGGUGGCGAUGGGCUUUGAAGCGCCGGGAGCUGUUGCAAAGAUUACAGAUCAGAUAUUCCUCUUCUAA